UCGAACGCAAGAAUGUAAUAUCUAUUUGUUGGUAAUACGAGUUCGGGUCUAGUUGCCUUUUCCGAGGGGAAUGGGAGACUUGCCAUGUUGUACUCUGAAGGACUACUACGUGCAUGCGAACGUACCCGACGGCAUCCGUUGACACGAGGCGUCGGCGACGGCGACGCACUUGCCACUGGACGUGUAGCUUCGGAUGGCUGGGAUGCAGUUCAUGACAGCCACGUCACCCUUCUUCGGGCAGCUACUUCCACUUGGCGCGAGACCACUGCCAGAGCAGACAGGACCAGCAAUGCAGUACGUGGCGUCGCCAAGGAUCGAAACGUUGACGCACGUCGAUGUAGAUGGUUGCGGCGUCGGUGUUGACGGACUCGUGGUUGCUGGUUUCGGCGACGGC